AUGGGAAAUACCAACGUCAACAAUCCCAUCACUAUCGAUGAAAGCGUAACGAACUGGUACACACAAACCAUUUCCAGGCAGGCACGUUCUCUCAUACCCGAUGAGUUUGAGAAACUCCCAGCGUUCGAGACCGUCAAGUUCAGUCAUCGCAAAAGCUUUGGUCCAGCAGUCGACACCUAUUUGCCACAGGACGCUUCCGAGAUGGUACUUACUCUGGGCACCUUCGACGCCCCGUAUCUGGAGUUGAAGCCCCUGGUCUAUAUCUACGUGUAUGGAUUGAAGAAUCACCAUAUCGGGUACUUUUAUGUCAAGUCAGACUCGACCGUCCAUCGCGUGCAACAGAGCAGUCUCAAGCAUGUCGAUAUCGAUGAACCGUUUUGUGACGUCGGAGACCUCUCAGUUGGCAAGCAAACUUUGUGCAACAGAGUACGAGCGAUGGCACUUUACUACUUCUUAGCUGCUGGUUACAUCGACGAGGUAGGUGACUACAGUCAUUUCUGGCUCGACUUCAAACAGGCUUGUGCAUGGAUCGCAAACAAGGGUAGCCGUCCAAAGCCUCACGCAAAAGUCCAGAAACAGGAACCGGAAACCGUACUAGCUUCUGCUGCGACACUAGUGCCGAUUCCAGAUAGGACUGACUUAACGCACGGCACUGUCGCAUCUCAGAAACGCACCGGCGAUGAUGAACCCAUGCCAGCAGCAGCGGAGAUCGAUAUGCAAGCCCGGUCUCCUGAGCAAUUCAGAACACUGGUCGCAGUAAACCAGCAGCUCCAAGCACAAGUCGCCGGACUCACAGCUGAGAUAGGACGAGUCAAGAACGAAGGCAUGUUCAGUCAAAAUGCGUACCGCGGCAUCCAAGUUCAAUACGACGAACUGGCAGAGCGACACGCUAAUACGCUCAACAACGAGAACGCUCUUCGCGAUCAGCUCAGUCAGAUUCAGGCACGUUGCGCACAAGCUGAGAGGCGAUCAAAGCUGCUGGAGAAGGAAGUAGAUGGUCUCAAGCAAAGGAUGAGAAGAGCGGCAGAAGCGUUGGACGCUUCGGCUUUUUGA